AUGAGACGUCCUGCAGUGGGCUCGUCGGAUUACUUCAAGCACUCACUCUCGAACGACCGCCACCAGUCCCAACAGGCGGCUGGUCUUGCUGCAUUCGGUGAUUCGUACAGUGCCGGCAUCGGCACCGGCGUCGAUGGCGUCGAAGAUGAAUGCCGGCUGGGAUCCCACGCAUAUCCCGCCUUGAUCUUCACCGAUCUAGCUGAAAGCCAAGCUCCAGGAACAGCAAACUUCCAGUUCUUGUCUUGUACCGGAUCGACUACCAACAAUGUUCUGUCUGGUGGCGACCACAGCCAGGUCGACAGAUUCAACAAAUCCAUCAGCGCCGACUUCGCGGUGCUCUCUAUCGGAGGCAACGACCUGGGCUUUUUCUCCGUGAUGAAUGCUUGCAUAUUCCGCUUCUACAGUUUCAACUCCGGCAGUUGCGAGACGGCUCUGCAGUACGUAACCGACCAGAUCGACAGUUCCGACUUUGCGCAGCGGCUGGAGAUGGUCAUCAUGGAAAUACUGGACAAAGUACAAUGGGAGAAGCGGCCGUGGUUCAUCAUUACCGUGACCGGGUAUGCUCGAUUUUUCAGUGUGGAAACUGAUGAAUGCGACAACUGUACUCUUGGUGUCUGGUGGCAGGGACCAGAACUCAAGAGGGACGUACGCCAGAGGAUGAACGACAUGGUCGUGGCAGUCAAUGACAAACUGAGGCGUUCCAUCGAAGCCGUCAACUCGAGGUUCACGACCCCAAAGGUUCUGUUCGUCGACUACGACGCCAAGUUUGAGGGCCAUCGUUUCUGCGAACCGGGCGUAAUGGAACCAGCAUACAAUAGAACCGAGACUUGGUUCUUCCUCGUCGGAGGCAAAGACAACAAUCCGAACGUAACGGAUCCGACGCCGGCCCCGAAUCGUACGAUAAAGGGCACCGAGGGCGUGGGUAGCCAGACCUUGACCCCGCUGUCACCACUCUCGGACCCGGAGACAUGUCUGGGGCCGGCUGAAAGAUCGGGAGACUGGGGUCUGCUGGCUCUGUGUUACAUGGCGAGAGCUAAACGCGACGAUCCGUCACUGCAAUUUGCCGCGGAGGAUGUCAUGAUUCAGAAUUCCAUGUGGUACGUCCCGACGUAUUAUGGGAAGACGUUCCAUCCAAGGAGCCUCGGCCACGAGGUGAUUAGAGAUGAAAUCUACAGGACCUGGUCGCGUCUGGAUGCAGUGAAGUAG